ACUGCAUCUAGUACUCACCCUAUGCUUGGAUUCGUGGCUCACCGUCGCGUUUUCCCUUCGAAAAACAUAAAAUGAGAUGAAAGUGAACGACUCGGGAUUUCCCUAGUUCGGUAUGUUAUAUGCAGGGCCAUUCCUGCAUUCACUCAGAAAACGUCCGGCAUUUAUUCAGAAAACAUCCGGCAUCCAGGUUCUCUGCUAUCCGCCGCAAAACUUUUAGCAUUUUCCCAGGCCAGUUCUACGCUGAACGAUAUAGCACCGGUCUUGAUUGAUCUUCAACUCACGUGGGAGUUAUUCGCCUUAUCUGCAAAAUUCAGUUUCCAGUCUUGAACAAGCCUUCCCAAGAACCAGCAAGACACCGAUUUUCCCACGAUCGUUAUAGUUCGUAUGAACGACACCCAAGACCAACGCGCCCGAGUCGUUGGAUUGAAUAAGAAUCAACAACUUAAACCACUUCUAUCGACUUUUAGAAGGCCUGUGGUUUCCGAGAACGGCCCAAUGUUUUCCGAAGACACAUUUGCCGCGGACGUACCAGUCCCCAAGUUCAGAGCGUCAGUCAACGACAUCGGCAGUUCAGGACCCAAGCAAAGUAACGAUAUGUAUAUUCCCAAGUUCCCGGGAAUCGACCGCGACGAUGAGGAUGGUCCGGUAGUGAAGAAGCCUCAGGAUAUGUCUGUUCCCAGGUUCAAGUCAGCUAGCGACAAUGGUCACGAUCCAAUCACCAGGAAAGAUGAUGUUUGGCUUGCCACGGAAGUUCCCAAAUUCAACGACUUCCCAAAAAGUACCGGCGGUGGCAGGGACAUCGCAAAGUCUGAAAAGACCGUUAACGUCGAUGACCCUCCUGUGAGCAGCAGUGACGACGACGACGACGACCCAUUUUCCAAUAGGGGAGGCAUUCAACCGACAUUUAUCCGAGGCCAACAGAUAAAGAAGCCUGCUUUGUCACCUCUCGAUGGUGAUAAGCUCACCACGACUGAGGACGAGGCUGUAUCCGGUACGACACUAGAUGGAUCUGGCUAUGGCAAAAGGAACACGCGUGCGUCGGCUAGUAGGAAGCGAACAUUGGGUCCCCUGAGCGACGAUGACAUCGAGGACGACCAACCUCAGAAGAAGGCGAAGACACAGACACAUAAGAGUGAGGAGUUGGGUAGCCACUUGAAGGCCAAUAUAGACGCUAUAAUGCGAUGGGGGGCUCCUAGGAAAACGGCAGGAUACGGAGGCAAGACAGCAUAUGGAAGCAAGGCCAAAGCAUCAGCAGCGAAAAGCAAUGCCCUGGUUUCGAAUAAGAAGCAUAUUGCAGCCCAAAAGCAACAAACUCGCACCCCAUCGACUAAAUCACGCACAACAUUGCAACUGCCGACAAAAGUCGAGAUACUGGAGCGUCCCAGUCCCAAACUCCGUAUUCCACGUUUAUUCGAUGCGCUAUCAGGAGACCAGGUCUCGCCCAUCAAGAAGCCCAUGGAGAAGCGCAAGAUAAGGCGGGCGAAGCCACCACGCAAGCGCUCUCAGGAGACGGGGGAUAUGUCAUCUGGCUAUGACUUGGAGGACGAUGAAACAUCGGACCGUGCAGCAGCAGAUACCACGAUGCCCGGAUCGCCAGGUUCACCUCUUUCGAGCCUCGACUCUACAUUCAAAAGCUCGCGAGUUGUCCUCUGCCCAAUGUGUGACGAGGAAGUCGAUAAGUCCUUCUUCGAAGGGUUUAAAGCGAAGCAUCCCAGAAUGACUCUUCACCAAGAACAACAGUUCUGCCAGUCUCACAAGAGGGAUUCGGCCAAUAAGGAAUGGCUGGAGAAGGGAUAUCCCGACAUCGAUUGGACCGUGAUGGACAAGCGGAUAAAGAAGCACUAUGACUUUCUUCGCUCCGUUCUCAACGGCGGGGAAUCCUAUUACGCCACCGUGUUUAGCAACAAGAUCAAGUCGGGCCAAAACAAGACUCUACUGAAAUCCGAUGGGAAUCUGACUCCUGGAUACUACGGCAUGCGCGGUCUGCGAAUUAUGUCAGAACAUCUAGUCAACAAUUUCUCGUCAGAGCUACGGAACAGAGCAGUACAAGAUCGCUUGGUGUCGAAGCGUGGCUAUAUGGUAUACGUACAAUCCGUGUUGGUCCCAGAGUUGGCAGUGCGGCUGAUUAUGGAGGAUCGAAUUCAGCAAGCGAAUCAGGAAGUGACAGAGGAAGAGGCGAGGAAUAUCAUGAAGGAUAGCGUAUGGGUGGGAGAGCUUCUGAACGAAGAAGAUGCAGACCACGUCUUGUAUGAGGACGAAGAAGACGAGGAAAGUCAGAAUGAUGAGAUGGGGCUCAGAGAUGAAGAUGAGGCUCAUCUCAGGUACGAGUAUGAGAGCAAGUUGAAACACGAGGAUGGGGAUAAGCUCAAGUACGAGGACCAGGGCAGCGCAAAGCAGGAGGACGAAGAUGUUAAGUCCAAUGGCAAUGUUAUCAUUCACAUCGAGGACGAUGAUAAGGUCAAGUCCAAGGAUCAGGAUGAUGCAAAGCAGCAGGGCGAAAACAUCAAGUCGAAUGGAAAUGGUAUCAACCAAAUCAAGGACGAGGAGGAUGACGACAAGCUCUCAAUUUCUUCACUAACCAGUCUAUCGGAUCUCGAGGAGCUUUGAUGAUCAACGCCCGUUCCUCUGGGAGCCCGCUUGAAAAUAAUCCCCGAGUCACUAGAUCCUUAGCCUGGAGGGUUUUGUUCGUCGGAAGUAUUACCGACGGGGCUCAAGCGCGCCGAUUUUCACACGAACGGCAUGUACUGGGAGGAGCAGACAGAACAUCUGUGAACUGGACAAUUUUUUUUCCUUUUUUUUUUCUUCCUCUUCGAUGCUUCAUGGGGCUUUCUCCUGUCCAUGGGCUUACAUCGGUGUUUUAUCCCCAAGGCCUUUUUCGCUUCGCAAAACAUACUCGGUUUCUGCCGGGUCGCCAUGUAAUCCGCUGGUUAGAAGGGAGUUGGAAGAAACGGCUUCUGUUUGUAGAUGUUUCCAUUUGUUUCAGGAUAGAAACAUGCGAAGUCACAUAUCAG